AUGGAGUCGCUGAACGGCCCCACGAGCGGCGGCGCCCCGGACGCCAAGCCUCAGCCGCCCGGCCAGCACCACCGCCACCACCACCACCUCCACCCGCUGGCUGAGAGGAGGAGGCUGCACCGCGCGCCCUCGCCCGCCAGACCCUUUCUCAAGGACUUGCACACCCGACCUGCCGCGCCCAGCCCGGCUCCCUCCGCCCCUUCCCCUGUCCGAGCCCCGGUGUCCGCCGCCCCGCGUUCGCCCAACCUGGCGGGCAAAGCGCCACCCUCGCCAGGGCCCCCGGCCGCUCCCGGGCGCCUCUCUCGGCGCAGCGGCGGUGUCCCCGGCGGGAAGGACAAGCCACCGCCGGGCGCCGGGGCCAGGGCGCCGAGUGGCGCCAAGGCCGCCCAGGGAACCAGGAGGGCGGCGCGCGCGGGGCCCGCGGAACCCUUCAGCCGGACUGCGAAGCCGCCUGCGGCCGAACUGUCUCCCGCCGCCGCUGCCGCCAAGAGCCGCAAACCCAAGCGCGGCUCCGGGGCGCCCCCGAUCCGCACCCUCGGCGCCCCAGCCCCGGCUGCUCGGAUCCCCUCUGUGACUCUCUCCGUGACCUCGGCGGCCGGCUCCCCCGCGCCGGGUUCGCGCAUCAGCCACACGGACAGCAGCUCCGAUCUCUCCGACUGCGCCUCCGAACCCCUGUCUGAUGAACAGCGCCUGCUCCCGGCAGCCAGCAGCGACGCCGAGUCUGGCACCGGCUCCAGCGACCGAGAACCCCUGAGAGGAGCGCCCACGCCCAGCCCUGCAUCCCGAGGACCUCCACCUGGCAGUCCCGAACCCCCAGUGCUCCUCGUCGCGCCCCCCGUCGCCUCUCUUGGGGGCCGAAGUAGCCCAGCCGGGUUCCCCGUAGGGUCGCCAGGACCCUAUGCAGCGGACGAUGCUGGGGGUCGCGUGCCGCCGGAGCGAGCGCUCCCUGGGACUCCCAAGGAGUCCGGUUUGGGCGAGCAGCCGCGGCUUGUGCAGGUGCCGGCGGCAGAGGAGGAGGAGUUGCUGCGCGAGAUGGAAGAGCUGCGCUCCGAGAACGACUAUCUCAAGGAUGAGCUGGAUGAGCUCCGUGCUGAGAUGGAAGAGAUGAGAGACAGUUACUUGGAGGAAGAUGUGUACCAGCUGCAGGAACUUCGGCGAGAACUGGACCGAGCUAAUAAGAACUGCCGAAUCCUGCAGUACCGUCUCAGGAAAGCUGAACAGAAGAGCCUGAAAGUGGCCGAGACGGGGCAGGUGGACGGCGAGCUCAUCCGAAGCCUGGAGCAGGACUUGAAGGUAGCCAAAGACGUGUCUGUCAGAUUGCACCAUGAACUGGAGACGGUGGAGGAAAAGCGUGCGAAAGCCGAAGGUGAAAAUGAAACUCUCCGGCAGCAGAUGAUCGAGGUGGAGAUAUGCAAACAGGCCCUCCAGAAUGAGCUGGAGAGACUGAAAGAGAGCUCCCUGAAAAGAAGAGGCAGCCGAGAAAUGUACAAAGAGAAGAAGACCCUGAACCAGGAUGACAGUGCUGAUCUGAAAUGCCAGCUCCAGUUUGCCAAAGAAGAAGCCUCCCUGAUGCGCAAAAAGAUGGCCAAGCUAGGGCGGGAGAAGGACGAAGUGGAACAGGAGCUACAGAAGUACAAGGCCGUGUAUGGUGAUGUGGACAGCCCCCUCCCCACGGGAGAAGCCGGCGGGCCCCCCAGCACCAGGGAGGCCGAGUUGAAGCUGCGGCUCAAGUUGGUGGAGGAAGAAGCCAACAUCUUGGGCCGGAAGAUCGUGGAGCUGGAGGUGGAGAACCGAGGCCUCAAGGCAGAGAUGGAGGACCUGCGGCUGCAGCAGGAGCGCGAGGGAGCAGGCCGGGAGCACGUGCCGAGCAUUCCCACGUCGCCCUUCGGUGAGUCCUUGGAGUCCUCCACGGAGCUGCGCAGGCACCUGCAGUUUGUGGAGGAGGAGGCGGAGCUGCUGCGGAGGUCCAUCUCGGAGAUCGAGGACCACAACCGGCAGCUGACCCACGAGCUGAGCAAGUUCAAGUUUGAACCUCCCCGGGAGCCAGGAUGGCUUGGGGAUGGGGCCUCCCUGCAGGAGGAGCUGAAGUCUGCCAGGCUGCAGAUCAACGAGCUGAGCGGAAAGGUGCUGAAGCUGCAGUAUGAGAAUCGCGUGCUGCUCUCCAACGUCCAGCGCUGCGACCUGGCCGCCCACCUGGGGCUGCGCGCCCCCAGCCCUCGCGACAGCGACGCCGAGAGCGACACCGGCGGCAAGAAGGAGGGCGACGAUGGAGACGAGGCCCUCCGCCUGUUGCCACCGCCACAGCCCAGGCGGGAGGGCCCCGUGGGUGGAGAGAGCGACUCGGAGGAGACCUUCGAAAAGACUUCAGGUUUUGGGAGUGGGAAGCCCUCGGAGGUGAGCGAGCUGUGCCCGGCCGAGCUCCUGAGGGCCCGCGAGGACUCGGAGUGCCUGGCGACCGUCAGGCAGGAAGCGCAGAAGCUGGAACGGACUGUGGAGCGCCUCAUUGCGGACACUGAAGGCUUCCUGCAUGAGGCGGGGCUGCAGGCUGGUGGAGGUGCUGGUGAUGGUGGUGUUGGUGGCCGUGACACCCUGGCCUCCUUCCUGGGGCCUGGGGUCCCGGAUGAGGGGGAGGAGGGCCCAAAGGAGCCCCGUCUGCUGGGUGCCAUCAGUGCCAAGAUGAAGGCUUUUAGGAAAGAGCUGCAGGCCUUCCUGGAGCAGGUGGCCCGGGUUGGGGAUGGCCUGUCCCCCUUGCCCCACCUCACUGAGUCAUCCAGCUUCCUCUCAACUGUGACCUCUGUGUCCCGGGACUCCCCCAUCGGGAACCUGGGCAAGGAGCUGGGCCCGGACUUGCAGUCCAAACUGAGAGAGCAGCUGGAGUGGCCCUUCAGCCAGGACCACCGAGGGGACGAGCGGGAGAGCCCACGCCUGCGAACCAGCCGGGAGCUGCACCGCCGGGCUGACGGCGACGCUGGGAGCCACCGGCCCGGAGGCCAGAGCUGCUUCAGCCUAGAGGUGGAGGAGGAGCACCUGUAUGCCUUACGGUGGAAAGAACUGGAAAUGCACAGCCUGGCUCUGCAGAACAGCUUCCAUGAGCGCACCUGGUGUGAUGAGAAAAAUCUGAUGCAGCAGGAGCUGCGCUCCCUGAAGCAGAACAUCUUCCUCUUCUACGUGAAGCUCAGGUGGCUGCUGAAACACUGGCGGCAAGGAAAGCAGAUGGAGGAGGAAGGAAUCGAUUGCACUGAGGGUGACCAUCCAGAGACCUUCCCUGGACUCAGUGACCUUGAACUCCAAGGGGGUCACCAGGUGGAUGGACCAGACCUGGAUGAUGACGACCGAGGCUGUGACUUUCCUGUGGGGGAGCUCCCCCUACACGCUCCAGGACAGAAUGGCGAGCACGGAUUGAGGCUGCAGACAGUGGAUGGGGCACAGGUGCACAAACAGGUGGUGGAGAACCAGCAGCUGUUCGGCGCCCUCAAGGCCCUGCUGGAAGAGCUGCGUGAGGAGUUGCGGGAGGAGACGCGGGCGCGGCGGCGACUGCAGCAGCAACACGCCAGCGACAAGGCUGCCUGGGACAUGGAGUGGGCCGGGCUCAAGUGCCGCCUGGAGCAGUUGGAAGAGAAGACGGAGAAGAACUUGGGAGAGCCAGGCUCCUCCGUGGAGAACAAAGGCACCUUGAAGAAGGAGAGAGAAGCGCACCAGAAGCUGCUGGCCGACAGCCAUGGCCUGGUCAUGGACCUACGCUGGCAGAUCCAUCACAACGAGAAGAACUGGAACCGGGAGAAAGUGGAGCUUCUCGAUCGCCUGGACAGGAACCGGCAGGAGUGGGAGCAGCAGAGGAAGGAACUCCUGUGGAGGCUCGAGCAGUUGCAGAAAGAGCAGAGCCCCCGCCGAGCGGGCAGUCUCCUGUGUGACCCCAAGGAAGGCUCCGGCCGCUCUGCCCUGCCCCAGGGAGGCCUCCGCCUGCCUCGGCCCUUGUCCACAUGGCCGUGCGUGGACACAGACUCCCUCCCGUUUGAAGACCGGCCACUGGUCAAGCUGAAGGAGUCAGACAGGUGCUCGGCCAGCGAGAACCUCUACCUGGAUGCUUUGUCCCUGGACGACGAGCCUGACGAGCCUCCGCCUCACAGGCCCGAGAGAGACUUCAGGAGCGGCCUCCGCGAGGAAGAAGACAACCACAAGGGAAACCUUCAAAGAGCCGUGUCGGUGUCCUCCAUGUCGGAGUUCCAGCGCCUCAUGGAUGUCUCCCCGUUCCUGCCCGAGAAGGGUCUGCCGCCUGCCAACAGUAAGGAGGACAUCACCCCGCCCCUGUCUCCUGAUGACCUGAAGUACAUUGAGGAGUUCAACACUAAGAGCUGGGACUACACACCCCCCAGGGUUCCAGGCGGGACUGAAAGGCCCCCGGAAGCCUGGGCAGACAGGACCGAGGUGGGACGGGCAGGGCAUGAAGCCAGCGCAGAGCCCUUAGCGGACUCGUCUUGGUACCUGACCACAAGCAUCACCAUGACCACGGACACCAUGACCAGCCCCGAGCACUGCCAGAAGCAGCCGCUGCGCAGCCAUGUCCUCGCCGAGCAGUCCGGGGUACGCGUGCUGCACAGCCCACCUGCCGUCCGCAGGCUGGAUAGCAUCAUGCAGGGGGGCGGCGAGGGCAGGAGCCAGAUGGACCCCGAGGGUCCCUUUCCCACCAGCAACCGAGCCAGAGGGAGCCUGGGUGAUGCCAAGGGGGGCCCCCUGGAGCCCAUGCUUGGACGUUGGCCUUGUGCUCCCUGCAAACACCCCCGAGACUACAGCCCCCUUGAGAGCCCCCUGUGCGGCCCCCUGGGCUUUGCCUCACCAUUGCACAGCCUGGAGAUGUCCAAGAACAUGAGUGAUGACAUGAAGGAGGUGGCCUUCUCUGUCAGGAACGCCAUCUGCUCCAGCCCUGUUGAGCCUCAAGUCAGGGACACAGCCUGCCAGACCAACGGGUCCCGGACCAUGGGCACACAGACCGUCCAGACCAUCAGUGUGGGUCUGCAGACUGAUGCCCUGAGGGGCGGCGGUGUCACCAGCAGCCCCCAUAAGUGUCUCACGCCAAAGACUGGGGGCGGCACCACACCAGUGUCGUCUCCUUCCCGCAGCCUUAGGAGCAGGCAGGUAGCUCCGGCCAUCGAGAAGGUGCAGGCCAAGUUUGAACGCACAUGCUGCUCCCCCAAGUAUGGGUCUCCAAAGCUGCAGCGGAAGCCCUUGCCCAAAGCCGACCCACCCAACAGCAGGACCUCACCGGGCUUGGUCCAGAAAGGGUACAGCGAGUCAGCCUGGGCUCGCUCCACCACCACGAGGGAGAGCCCUGUGCACACCACCAUCAACGACGGCCUCUCCAGCCUCUUCAACAUCAUUGACCACAGCCCCGUGGUGCAGGACCCCUUCCAGAAGGGGGCACGGGCUGGUUCUCGGUCCCGUUCGGCGGAACCCCGAACAGAGCUGGGCCCAGGCCAGGAGACAGGCACCAAUUCCCGAGGAAGGUCCCCCAGUCCCCUCGGGGUGGGCACAGAGACCUGCAGGGAGGAAGGGGGAGAGGGCACGCCGGUGAGGCAGGACUUAUCUGCUCCCCCUGGCUACACGCUCGCCGAGAACGUGGCCCGGAUCCUCAACAGGAAGCUGAUGGAGCAUGCCUUAAGAGAGGAGGGGAGGCAGCCCAGCCGUGGCCCCCCAAGUCUCAGGGACAGCCACGCAGGAGACGCAGCCGAGCCAGGGCCCAUGGAGGAACUGCCUUGUUCUGCACUAGCUCCAUCCCUAGAGCCCUGCUUCUCCAGACCCGAGAGACCAGCAAACCGUCGCCCUCCAUCCCGGUGGGCCCCACCGUCCCCCACUGCCUCGCAGUCUCAGUCCCCUGGAGACACGACAUCCUUGGAGGAGCAUGGUGAUGAAGAGGUGCCCGAGGAGAAGCCGCGCCGUGAUGCAAGCUUGCAUGGAUUAUCACAGAAUAAUUCAUCGUGAUUUGCAUAGUCACACCAUCGUCAUGAACCAACCUCAGCCCCAAAAGAGAGAUCUGGGUUUUCUCAAAGUCAAAGAAUGUUAUUUAAAACAACACAACAAGACUCACAGCUGCUGAAUGUUCAGUCUGUGAAACUGAGAUGUUUCUAGAAUGAAACAGUAAAUGUGCCUGUAAUAACUUAAUUUUUUUCAUAGCUCAGAAGACUAUUUUUGUCUCCAUCUUUUUUUACACUCAAUAUAUUAAAUGAAAAGAAGUAACUAAGGUAUACAUAGAUUUAAAAAAUAAAAGUUUUAAAAAAUGUACAUUUUAAGAGAUUCUGAACACCAUUGCUCUCAGUACUGACUGCCUCUCU